CCUCCCAUGCCUGGGAAGGGAAGAGGCAUGCCACCGGCUCCGCCGCCAAUGGGAGGGAUGAAGGCACCAGCGCCGGGUGCAGGCAGAGUUCGUCACAUUCACACGGAGAUUGGCACUACGUGGAACCCAUGCUAACGCGUCACAGGGAGCACUCUUGGGCGACAUUACAAAGGGCGCACGACUGAAGAAAGUGACACAAAUCAACGAUCGAUCCUCUCCUAUAGUCGGCAAAGUCAGCGACGGACCUGCAGCAGCACCCAUGGGCGCGCCCAAGAUUCCUGGAGCUCCGGCCGUCCCUGGAGGGGCAAACCGAGCAAGAGCCAACAGCGACAAUGGAGAUGGAGGGAGUGUACCGGCUUCGGCACCACAAUUAGCAGGAAUAUUCGCUGGGGGUAUGCCGAAGCUCAGAAAAGCAGGCGGUGUCAAGACAGGCGCAGAGGACCAGGCGCCUUAUCUCUCCGAUCCCGAAUCGAAUCGAGCUUCAGUCCCUCGAGCAGCAGCACCCAAACCACCUGGACCUCCUCCUUCGGCACCUCCUGGGCCUCCGAUUCCAGGUAUGCGACCAGGGAUGAAUGCGCUCCGAGGUCAGGACUCAAGGCCCAACUCGGUAGCCUCAAGUAUAAGCGGGAAGCCCAAGCCGCCUCCACCGAUUGGGAAGAAACCUCCUAUGCCACCGCCCUCCUCUCGAAAGCCAUCAGGUCUCGCCGCGCCACCUGUUCGGGCACCACCUCUUCCAGGCUCCGCACCACCUGCUCCUCCACCACUACCCCCGAGCUCGACAUCUCCCCGACCAACUGGAGCACCACCUGCUCCUCCGCCACUACCGCCUUCACCCGCACCACGAGCGACCCCUCCACCGCCGCCGCCGCCACCCUCCGUUCCUCCUCCAACGAGCGCGCAAGACGAUGAUGACGACGAAUAUGACCCGUAUAAAUACAAUUCAGCACCUCCCAUGCCUCCACCACCGCCCCCACCCUCAAACGGGCACGCACCAUCGCUUGCAGAAACAGCCGCGCGCAACGCCUUCAGCCGCACAUCGCCUGCUGCUCCCCCUCCAGCGCCACCGAGCGCACCCGCGCCUUCUCCACCACCCAGCCAACCCCCGCUUAGCCGACCCGCCUCCCAGACACCACUGCGAUCAAUGAUGGAUUCAAGUUCGUACACCUUGUCAAACGGCGGGUCAAGCAUCAAGAGCCCGACCAGCUCCCAUGGCGGAGCAAGGGAAAAGGGCAGAAUCAGGCCCAUCCACGAUUUGAGAUGGAGAUUCCAGGACGAAGGCCAAUUUCCACGACCAAGAGAAUUCACCGGCGGACCAAAGAGAUAUCGCGCUGGACGGGGCAGCAGUGUGCCAUUGGAUUUGAGUGCGUUUGAAUGAGCAGGGUCGUGAUACAAUGUCUUCUGGGGGUGAUUUGUUGCAUUGCUGCUGGUCAGAGCGGUUUUAGGGAUAGAUAUUGAAGUUUAGCCUUGGCGUUAACGGGGUUCGGUACCUUUUGCGGUGUGUUGGGGAUGGCUAGGGAAGAUUGCUGGGUAGAUGGUGUAUGCGUAGCUCGCAAGACGAUACGCUAUGGGCAUAUCGCAUGCAAUGGCAGGUACCUCGGUACGUUCAAAAUAUCAAC